GGGAGGCGUUGCGGCACACAGGAAGGAAGCGCGGACGGCGGUCGCCCUUGGCCGCGCUGCCCCGCGCCUGCUCGCCGGCGAGGUCGUCCUGGGAAUCCCCCACCGCUUCUCCCCUUCCCCCGGCGGGCCCGCGCUCCGCGCUCGCUGCUCCACUGACAGCGGCGAGCCGACCGCGCGUCACCCGGUUCGUGCGGGACUGCGCAGCGCCCCUCACAGCACCGGUCCGCGGGGACGAGCCCGUCAGGCCCCCACUGGGACGACAGUACGGGCGGGAACGGCCCGGUUUAACCGUGACGCUCGGGGGAAGCCUCCCGCCGCGCGCUGAGCGACCAGCUCGCCGCCAUCAGCGCCCGCGGCGGCGCUCCGCGUGACGCCACCCCGGGAGAAGGCGCCGAUUGGUCCGCGCGGCCUGGUAGCAGACGUGGCCGCCCGUGAUUGGGCGGCGGCGCAGCCAUGGGGGAGCCGCGGAGGCGGUGGGGCGGCGUGCGGCGGUACCGCUUCACCGAGGGGCCGGCGGCGCUGGCGCUGCGCAUCCCCGAGGUGCUGGACUCGCAGUAUGGCAUGUACGUGUGGCCCUGCGCUGUGGUCCUGGCCCAGUACCUCUGGGUCCACAGGAGAAGCCUGCCCGGCAAGCGAGUGCUGGAGGUGGGUGCCGGGGUGAGUCUCCCCGGCGUGGUGGCGGCCAAGUGCGGUGCCGAAGUGAUCCUGUCCGACAGCGAGGAGCUGCCCCAGUGCCUGCACAACUGCCGGAGAAGCUGCCUGAUGAACCACCUGCCCCACGUACCGGUUAUAGGGCUCACCUGGGGGCGGGUAUCUCCAGAGCUGCUCUCUCUUGCUCCUGUGGACAUUAUUUUAGGGUCAGAUGUCUUUUUUGACCCAAAAGACUUUGAAGAUAUUUUAACUACAAUUUACUUCUUGCUGGAAAAGAAUCCACAUGCUCAAUUCUGGACUACUUAUCAAGUCCGAAGUGCAGACUGGUCUAUUGAAGCUUUGCUCUGCAAAUGGAAACUGAAGAACGUCCGCAUUCCCUUACACUCGUUCAGUGCAGACAAAGAGCACUUGGCCAGCUCUUCUCUUCCAGGAAGACAUACGAUUGAAAUGAUGAUUAUCUCACUAGCAAGAUCAGAUGGUACUUAAAGUUUAUUCCACUUGGUUCCAGUACAAGGUGACACUUAACUGUUUGCUGUAGCACGGAUCUGCAGAAAACGCUCCUGUUGACAGCAAACCCCAUGCAUGUUUUUGGGAAGCAGAUCCCUUCAGCAGUAAUUCUUAAAACGUGCAUUGUAAAAAUAAAGCUGUUUAAUUGU